GUCCACGCCGCCGCACAGUGGGGAGAUGGAAUUUGUAUGCAUUGCAAAUGUAUCGUACUAAGUGCAAAUAGCAUCACAAAUUUGAUACCCAGAAGAAAAAAUGGAAUUUGUGAUGCUGAAUCAUCUCGGAAACCAGAUCUCUCAUGCUGUGCUGCAAUUACUAGUACGAGUGCGAUACAACUUUUGCAAUGCAGCAUAGUUUGCUGGGACGAGAAACAAUCCGCCCUCCUCCGCUCGGUCCAUUCGCUCGGUUUCCUCCUCCGCGUCGCGUUUCAUAUGAAAUGCAAAACAAAGUAUCGCAUUAGUGGUAAUCGCAUUACAAAUUUGCUCUGCGUGACAAAUGGAAUUUGUAAUGCUGCUUUUUGUUGAGAAAGAGACUUGUCAUGCAUGAUUGCGAUUACUACGAGUGCGAUACGUUUGCGCAGGAUAUUUCAGCACGGACAGCGAUGACACCUCGUAUCCUGUGCAAAAGCAUCGCACUCGUACGUAGUAAUUGCAAUCAUCCAUCACAAAUCUCCAUCCCAAGGCAAAACAGCAUGACAAAUUCCUUUUGUCAUGCCGAGCUAAUUUGUAUUGCAAUUACUACUAGAACUAGUACGAUACUUUUGCAGUGCAUACUUCGACGCCGUUUACGAUGAAUGCGGCUGGCGGGAACAAGGGAAAGAAGUUUGAAACGAUCGCGGAGGAGCAGGAAGUGUAAAAAGUUUAAGAGAAUGAUAAUCGAAGCGGAACCUUCUAUGUAAUAUCUCGAGGACUACGUCACAAAUUCUAAGGCGAAAAUAAGAAUGUCUAGUACUGCAUACUCGAUUUACAUCAAAAUGAAAAAAGUACGACAAGCUCUACUGAGGAAGCGUGUAAAGCAUAGGAUGGGAUGCAAAAACCUAAAUAUGCUAGACCAUAGGCGAUGGUCGUGUAUAACAUAAAAAUUGGAAAUCUCAUGUACGAUGUACCUUAGCUCUACAACUUGUACGAAGAAGACUACUUAGUUGGAGGAUAUACCUAUUUGCAGUACACCAGAACUACAACUACUUUGACAAUGCGGCCAAUCUUCAGGCCUUGUUAUUAUCUAAGAAACGAUAUUACCUACGACCACAACUUGAAAUUGCUUUUGCCACUUACUUUUACAAAGUCCCGAGCACAGCACUCUAUACCAGCUUCGGCGUGGUUGCGGCCAGAUGGAAGGGACGGGCGGAGAAACAUGCAGUUCAAGUAAGAAGGGCAGGGCGAUAAGUUUACAAAUUCUCUCGAAGUAUUCAUAAGCUACCCGCUCCCUACGUAAAACUUGCGAAUAAACAAAUUUUGUGUCACUUACAGAAAAAAACUUGAAUUAGCAACCGCGUGUAGAAGCGAAAAGACAAUCUACAGAUACAAGCGACACGCGAUUUGCUUUUGUCUAAAGCUGUAAAAGUAGAAGAUUCACUAUCACUGAGAACAAACCUAAGCUUCAACCUUCUGUGUAGUUCCUACUUACAACCGCCAGCGGGUCUGUAGUUGCGGACCACGCCUUCUGAAGAGAAGCAUGAGGAUUCUGAGACGAGUCCUUUUUGCCGGUGGGGGUGAGGGACUGACAGUUUGGUCGUUGACAACGCCGUCGUAUCAAAUUGCAUGGUAAAACAUGUUUCAUCUUCGAGCGGUGAGUCUGAAAUCCGCGUCUUCAUGUGCACAUAAAUUGCUUUGCUGCUGAUUCGGUGAAGAAGACGA